UAGUCCCCGCGCUCUCACUGCGACAGAGUUCAGUCAGUCGGUCGGACGCUUCCACCGAGGACACGCGCGCGCAUGCAUGCAGAACGACAUAUCAACCCUUAGCGAAAACGCAUACGCAUAUAAAUACAUACGUACAUAUAUACAUACUAUAUAAAUACUAUUCUUGAAAAUCGGGGCACAUGGGCAUGGACUGACGCACGAGGGAUGCAGAAAGCACGGUGACGUUUGUACCUGGGCAAUAUGUUCCUUCCUCCAGUAGUACGCUCACGGAGGUCGCUGAAAUAGAAGAUCGUGGUUUUGCUGAUUGUUAAACUUCGAUAUACCUCGUUCAAGACUUGGAUAUCUUUUCCUGUAAAAGAAUAAACAGAAGAAGAAGAAGAAGAAGAAGAAAAAGAAGAAAAAGAGGAGGAAGAAGAAGAAAAAGGAAAAAGAAAAAGAAAAAGAGAAACGACGAUGAAAAUGAGGAUACCUUCGAAAUUACGAGCCAACAUUCUCCUUGGUUGGAUCUUUUAUCUCUUUACGUUCCUUCUUCUUCCAUCGCGGACAAGUGCGCUCGAGGAGAACUGUACGGAUUUUCAAGGUGGAACAGUUAGACACGGACUGCUCUAUGUGCCAGGACCUGCGGUUUGUAGUUUGUGCGUUUGUUAUCAUUCGGAGCCGAUGUGGUGCCAAGCUAUAUACUGUACACCUCCAUAUAGAUGCAAGAAAUUCCGUGUUGGUGAGCGGUGUUGCGAGUUCGAGUGUUUGGACGAUGUGGACGACACACUGGAUUGGAGCGGUCCGGAUUUGAUAAUAGUCGACGGAUCAUCCAGAAUACAUGAUCAAGGAGUAUUCUGGUUGACGAUUUCUCUCGUCGCCCUUCUCUUCCUGCCCUAGUUCCGAGACCAAUGGCCUUCCGUUGUUCUUGUUCUUGCUCUUGUUGUUAUCUAUUAAACGCGAUUAUAUCUGAUCUAAUCGGUUUCCAUUACGUCGAAAAGAAUACAGCAAAUAGCGAGACAUUUAAUCAACGAUCGUGAUAUGCGAUCAUGCGGUUAUCACCGGGUCGCUAUUUUUCACGACGCGAAUCCAAUCUUCGAAUCGUACGGCGAUUUUUCGAUCAACGAAUUAAAAAGAAUGAAAGAAAAAAAGGAAAAAAAAAGAAGUUAGAUCGCAAAGGUAAAGAAUGGAAGUAUCAGAGAGAUAAUUUUCCAAAUAUUUUUCUCAUCUUCGACGAGAAGGAAGAUACACAUACGGAGGAAAAAACGAAUAAAAGAUCGUGCGAUAAAUUUAUUAAUGAUUUUAAUUAAUUAGCCGGGUUAUUCGCGUGGGAUUUUUGUGUUUAGUCAGAGACGACAUUGCAAUAAAUAAAGGGAUGUGAUUUGUGAAUAAUUAAAAAAGAAAAAAGAAAGAAAACCAAAAUAGAAGAUCAUCUCUAAAGCCGUCUGAUCGUUUGUAUACGAUGCAUUAGUUAGAACCGAUCUGUGAUUAGAUGCAAAGUGAUGUCCCCGGAUGCACACAUACAUACAUACAUACAUAUAUACAUACAUACAUACAUACACACAUACACACACACACAUUACAUAUAUACAUAGGAUAUAUACAUAUAUAUAACUUAGAAUUUUCUUAUACGUAAAUACCUCCUGAUACCUAUCGUCUCUUUUUUCGAUAUAUUAAAUAAUAAUCUAGAUUUUAGAUAGACGAAAUUUAAUCGUCAUUCAAGUGUCAUUGAAGUAAAGAUACAAUGGAGAUAGAGAAAAAAAAUAUAUUAUCGAGAAACAGAAAGAGAAGUAGUUUGCUGAGACCGCCGGCUAUAAAUCGAUCGAUCCUGAAGGACCCUUUUUUCUUUUUUUCUUUUCUUGCAUUUUUUUCGAGCACCUGUCUUUAUCAGAUUACUUAGAAAGCUUUCGAUUAUUUUUCAUGAGACUAUAAAGGAAAAAAUUGAUCGCGAUUAUUGCAUAAUAUCACGCUUCGCAAUUUUUUUUCUUUUCUUUUUUCUUUCUUUUCUUAACGCGUCAAUACAAUUUGAAUACGUUAAUGUUUAUUAAAAAUUGUUACGAGCUUUUACAACCCGGCCAACUCCCUAUCCAUUUCAAAUAUAUUCAACAAAC